CCACUGUGAACCACUAGCGAACUGUCACACGAUCAGCUGUUCACUCUUCUUCCUCGACCUUUAUUUGCUAAUUCAAAUCGAGCUCGGAACGAAAUUUCUAUUUUAUCGUUCCUCUUUCGCCGCUAUUGCGCUAAAAAACGGUCAGAAACGAUUUUCUUUUUCUCGUUCUGCGAUAUAAGGUUUUCGAGUUUAAUUCGUAAAAUUUACGAAAAAUAGUAAACACUGUCAAAAGUUUGCUAUCGUUGAUAUUUAGAUUUAUAAAACUUUUACAGACUUGAGAGUUACGAAACGUUUAUUACCAGGAUUAUUGAAAAUGACAGCAGUAAGUUAUGAAAUUACUCUACAAACCAUCUAAAAGAUCCUAUGUUAUACAUAUUUUAAGGUUAUACACAAAUCCUUUGAAUAAGUUUCAAGUACAUUUUUUUAUAUGCAGGAACUAAAGAAGUUUCUGAACGGACUUCUUAGCAGCGUAGAAGGUCUUCAUAGUAUAUUGAUAACAGACAGGGAUGGAGUGCCUGUUAUAUCUGUUGCCGAUGAAAAGGCUCCGGAAUUGGCUAUGAGGGCAAGUUUCUUAUCUACAUUUGGAAUGGCAACUGAUCAAGGAAGUAAACUAGGACUUGAAAAAAAUAAGACUAUCAUAUGCAUGUACAGUAGUUAUCAGGUUGUUCAAAUGAACAAAUUACCAUUAGUCAUUAGUUUUAUUGCUAGUCAUGACUGUAAUACAGGCCACAUUUUAUCUUUGGAAAAUAAGAUCGAUCCAAUCUUGAGUAAUUUAAAAAAUGCAGUAGUGGAAGCCUGAUGGUUACCUGUUGUCCAUUAUGGGUGAUAAAUACCAAAAGUUUACGGUUGAAUUUGGUAAUGACUUGUAUAGGAGGAAUGGUAUAAAUAGCGAGGAAGACGUUACUGUAUAUUUUGUUUCUAAUUUACAAAACGUUUAAUUCGUAGUCUGUCAUACUUAUAAAUCCUUCUACUGGCAUUUUUAUACGAUGUUUUAAGUACAUAUUUGGAAGGAAAUAAGUAGCGCAUAUCUUGUAUAAAACAGUACAAUAGAAAUAUAUAGAAAUUACGAAUUUUUAUAAUAUACUGUGAGGCAUUUCAAUAUUUGCAUUAUGUAUUCUAUGUUUGUAAUUAAACUAACAUAUAACCAUUUGAGAAAAA